AUGUAUGAAGCGUUCAAGGAAAUUCUGGAGUUUUUCCUUGAUUUGUGAGGGAUUUCUCGUUAACUCCAUUUAACUCCACAAUUGUAAGGGAGGAAUCGAGACUACCGCAAAGCUCUGAAGAUCUGGAAAUAUAUGCAAAUAUAUAGGGAUCGUUUACAUUGCUGAUGGAUCGGGGGAAGCUUUACUCUCGUUAGCGUUUGCAUGCAACUUUUAUAUGGACUGCUUGUUCAAUGAUGAGUUCUAUGACCGAUAGUUUGCUUGCCUCAGACCCGUCUAAAUCGGCCUUUUUGGAGUUUGGACACGGACUUUCAUCCCACCAGCAGCAUUCCCCUAGGCUGUCUCACAACCACUACCCCGUGCAAGGCUUGCACUCGGGCGGGCACCCGCAGCACGAAGGUCCCUUCUCUCCCAGCGCUUCCUCUUAUAGCCGCUCGCUGGCGUACCCCUACCCCGGCGCGGUGAGCAGCCAUCACCAGAGCGCUUACCUCUCCUACCAGCACAACACCCACAGUAGCACUUUAACACACACGAGGAUAGACGACCCAGAUCGCGAGAAGACGGUAAUCGAGAAUGGAGAGAUCAGACUGAAUGGCAAAGGAAAGAAGAUCCGGAAACCUCGAACGAUUUACUCCAGUUUACAACUCCAGGCUUUGAAUCAGAGAUUUCAGCAAACCCAGUACUUGGCACUGCCGGAGAGGGCCGAUCUGGCGGCUAAACUGGGGGUUACCCAGACCCAGGUUAAGAUUUGGUUUCAAAACAAACGUUCCAAGUACAAGAAGAUUAUGAAGCAUGGCCCAAGCGGACCUGAAGGGGAGCAUCUGCACACCACCUCAUCCAUCUCGCCAUGUCCACCCAACAUACCCCAUCUCUGGGACGUCUCCAUGGCCAACAAAGGUGCGCCAAUGCCUGCCAGUAGCUACAUGAACAAUUUUGGACACUGGUACCCAACGCACCACCAGGACAAUAUGUCAAGACCUCAAAUGAUGUGAUUUGGAUCAUAUCUUCCAAAAAGACUUUUUAAACAUGGAAACAAAGAAAAAAAAAACAGAAAUCCCUACAGACAGACUUCAUGAGGCUUUGCGAGUGCUAUUUUUAUUUUA